CGGGCCUCGUCUCACCUUUAGAUCAUCGUCUCUUGCGGUCACGCUACUAAGAUACCCACCCAAUAUGAAUACGUUUAGGAAAAAUGGUAGAUCGGCUGUAGCUCCAGUGCAGAGACCGGGUAGAAAGCGGCCGCAGAGUACAGCGCAGCACUCGCAAACCGCGACCACGAAAACCACCAAGAAAGUGGUACCAGGGCCCGGCGGCAAACCGGUCCAAGUAGUUCAAACGGAACAACAUGUUGUCAAGAAGACCGUCUGGACCCGAGCCAUGAGCGGCGCCUCCAAAGCCGCCAAGCCCGGCACCUGGAAGCACUCAGGGAAGUCGGUCAAAAAGAUCAUCCCCCACGCCAGCAAGCAGGGCAAGGACAGCGAGGGUUUCAACAUGAGCUACUACCGCCCAUGCUUCUUCGCACUCAAGAAGCAGGAACAGUUCGACCUGUACGUGAACGGGCUGGCGCCCAGGAUGACCAUGUUGGAGGUGGCCAAGCUCAAAGCAUCCCGGCUGCACGCGACCCGGGCGUUCGACGUGCGAGCCGUGAUGUACUCCACGCACAAGCCGCCCAAAGGCUACGCCAUACCUCAGCGCAACCUCGUCGCCGAGGCCGAGCUGGCCAAGCAGCGCUGCCUCGAGGAGGCCGCCGCCCGCAGGCAUCAAAAACACGCCGCCACCGCCACCGCCGCCGAUGGCGACGCCCUCCCCGCCCACCCCACCCCGGACGAUAUCGCCGAGAUCCGGCUGCAGGCGCGCCUGGCAAGGGCCCGCUUGGAGAAGGAGAAGGAAGAGAACGAGCGAGAGCGACAACGACAGCGGGAGCGCCAGCGCGAGCUACAGGAAGCGCGACAGCUGCAGCGGGAGCGGGUGGAGCGCGUGAAUGACCUGCGGCAGGAGCUGGUCCGGCUCCGGGAGCGCAAGGAGCACGAGGUUGUGAAACGGAAGCGGGGCAAGAAGGCCCCGACGCGGAAGGAUCGCGAUGUCUGGGACCAGCUGCAGGAGGAGGAGCAGAAGCUGGAGCAAGAGUACCUGCGACUGCGGGUGCAGGUGCAGCAGCACCCCGUGUGGGAGCGGCAGGAGCGGCUGAAGGACGUGAAGCACGAGCACGGCCGGCUCCGGGAGCGGAUGGCGUGCGAGCUUCAGAGGCGGAAGCAGGCCAAGAAGGCCGCGACGCGGAAGGAUCGCGAGGUCUGGGCCGGCUUCCAGGAGGAGGAGAAAGGUCUGAAGAAAGAGCACCAGAAACUGCGGCUGGAGUUGCAGCAGCACCGGGAGGAGCUGCAGCGCCGGCGCGACCAGUACGUGGAGUGGAAGGAAAGGCGGCGCGAGGCGCUGGAGCGGAAGAAGGCCGACCGGGUGAGGCAGACGGCAGUUGCGGCCGCGGAGGAGCACGGCCGGGGAAAGGGGAGGCGGAUGGCGGGGCGGACCGUGGCGAGUAGUUCGCGGAAUUAA